AUGUCGCACCUUUAUCAUCCAGAAACCUCAACCAGGUCCUCAACCAUCAACAUUAGUGGAUGGACUAAAAACCCCCGUCCUGCCCAAACUGUUCUCAACCCCACCGGCAACACCCUCCACUCACCACCCGUCCCCAGCACUCCUCCACCACCGCCACCGCCGCCACCACUACAACCACCUCACAACCUUCGCAACUCAUGCGAAUCCUCCACCUCUUCUUCUUCCUCCACAACCUCCCAAAGCUUUACCCAAUGGAGGUUCUCUCUCCCGACAACUCCUUCCACCACCACCACCACUACUCCUCCGCCACAACAACCACCACCAACGCCACCACCGCUUCUACUUCCCAACAAUAAAGCCAACUUCUUCAGCCAUUAG